ACUGUGUGUCUAGAAUAAGAAGAGGGUAGUAGUAUUUAUGACAAAAUAAAUACUUAAUUAUUCAUGAGUAGGUAAAUUUAUUUACUAUAUAAUGCGACUUUCUUAAAGAAUACAAUAAUUUCAUGAUAGUAUCAACAUUCAACCCCAAGAUUGCCUCAUAAGUAUGGAGGCUGUGUGUUUGGGCUGUGAACCGUCAGGUUCUAGAUUCGAUUCUGAGAUCGGGCAACUAAAACUGGGUUUUUCGAUGCCACAAUGGAAAAAAAAUUAUAAAUUAAAAGCUUGGCGAAGUGUGUAUAGACCAGUUGCAUUUCUGCCUAUUUCAUAGAUGAAUAAAAGGUUGGAGGGACAAAAAACGCUGUCCUAUACAACUGCGGUGGUGACGACAGUCGGUGUGCUCGGCGGUGCCUACUGCGCCUUUAAACUUUACCAAGAAAAAUACAAGCAGAAAUUGCCAGAACAUUGGACGCGAGUGGGCACACUUGAAGAUAUUUACGUGUACCCUAUAAAAUCUUGCGGCCCUGUAAAACUAGCGAAAGCUGAAUGUUCCAUCUUGGGCUUGCGUGAUGAAUGGCUUAGAGACCGAGUUCUUAUGGUUGUUGAUAGCAAAAACAACUUCAUAACAGCGAGAGGGUAUCCUGAAUUAUUGACAGUACAUCCAACAAUCAGGAAUUCUAUUCUAACAUUGAAGCAUGCUGAUAUGGAAUCUCUAAAUGUAAAUUUAGCUGAGGUGAUUGCACUGCAAAGUCCCAAAACCGCCCAUGUGUGGGGUGUCCCUGUGCCAGUGUACGAUUGUGGUGGCGAAGCAAGCGAAUGGUUCUCUAGAUUACUAGACAGAUCUGCUUGCAAUUACCGAUUAGUUUAUUACGCAUCACAAAAAAGUCGACCACUCAGGCAAAGUACGAAUAAAUUCUACAAAUUUACUAACAACGAUACGGGCGCGUUGCCAGAUGAAGUACCUUUCAAUUUGAUAAAUCAAGCGUCUGUAGACGACUUGAAUACUAGAUUGGAAGAUAUUCAAGUAACUCCACGCAAUUUUAGACCGAACUUCGUACUUACUGGCGCUAAACCUUAUGAUGAGGAUAAUUGGAAAUACGUGAAGAUUGGUGACAAUGUUUUUGAAAUUAUCAAAGCUUGUACUAGAUGUAUAAUGACCACUAUCGACCCGGAAACUGGUGUACGUAAUUCCAAAGCAGAGCCGCUAGCGACUUUGAAGAGUUACAGACAAAUAGAAGACCCAGUGAUCCGUAGAUCAGCGGGCAACACACCACGGAUGGGGAUACAGAUGUCGCUACGCAGUGGGCCGGGGGGAGUGGUAUCGGUCAACGAUCCUAUUUAUGUGGCAUAACUAUUGAACUGAGUUUGUAAUAUUUUUAUACGUUUUUUAUGAUUUCCAAUAAACAGUAAAUGCAUGUUCUAGUAA